AUGGAACCUUUUGCAGCUGAGGAGAAAUUGCCUGAGUUGCUUAAUUUGUUACAUAUGCAUAAGUUUAUUACAAAUGAGGGGGAGGCUGGAAAAAUUUGGGUGUUGUGGCAGGAUGAUGUUUUUGUCCAAGUUGUUUUAUGUAAAGAGCAGUUCAUUCUUCUUAGAUUGGAGGAAGGUAUGUCUAAUAUUUUGUGUGGUUUUGUUUAUGCGAAAUGUAAUAUGGUGAAGAGAAGAGAACUCUGGGAACAAUUAAAUGACCAGGUAGUUGGUUGUGAACCUAGUAUUAUUAUGGGAGACUUUAAUAUAAUUAGAGAUGACUCAGAACGACGGGGUGGUAGGCCUCGCCCGAGAGCAGCUAUGGAAGAUUUUAAUUCUUGGAUUGAACAUUGUGGCUUGAUUGAAAUGAGGUCUUUGGGUAGGAGGUUUUCUUGGUGUAAUGGUCAGAGAGGUCUUUCGCGUAGUUGGGGGAAAUUAGAUCGUUGUUUUAUUAAUGCUAGUGGUCUGAGUAAUUUCCCUGAUGCGGUUUGUAGUUAUCUUGCGAGAUCCACAUCUGAUCAUUCUCCAAUGUUUUUGGAAAUGAAGAAAGAUCCUUUUGUUUAUGGCCCUCCUCCUUUUCGGUUUCAGCAAAUGUGGAUAGAACAUCCAGACUUUAGUUCUUUUGUGGAACAUGUCUGGCAGGAAGAGGUGGUUGGUACGGGUCUAUUGAGAUUGGCUCUAAAGCUGAAAAAGUUAAGGGGUGCAUUGAGAGUGUGGAAUAAACAGAUUUUUAGUAGAACUGAAUUUCAUUUACAGGAGAUUCAAGCUCAAAUUGAUUCUUUGGAGUCGGCUCUUCAGCAAGUUUGGGAUCCAACUACUGAACAGGAGCUGCUGGUCAAAUAUGCAGAAUUGGCAAAUUGGAGGAGUAAGGAAGAAACUAGACUGGCUCAAAUGGCGAAAAUUAAAUGGAAGAAGGAGUCUAUUGUUAAUGUUCCAGAUUUAACUCACAUUAUUUCGCCGGUCAUUACAGCGGAGGAAAGUGCAUUAUUAUGUGAUAUUCCUUCCAUUGAUGAAAUUAAAAAGGCUUUAGAUUCUAUUCCCUCUAAUAGUGCUCCGGGUCCGGAUGGUUUUGGAGCAGGUUUUUUUAAAAGUGCUUGGGAUAUUAUUAAGAUGGAUAGCAUGUCUGCUGUAGAAGAAUUUUUUAGCGGUGGAAAAUGGCCAAGAUUUUAUACUUCUUCUUAUGUGGUUUUGAUACCAAAAAUGGAUAUCCCAUCUGGGUUUGAUAAAUUUCGACCCAAAAGCCUGUGUUCGGUUUUUUACAAAAUUUGUUCAAAGAUAAUUGUAAAUCGUUUGACUUCUUUGCUUCCAAAGAUGAUAUCUCUAGAGCAAGGUGCUUUUAUCCCGGGCAGAAGUAUCUUUGAAAACAUUAGUCUUACUCAAGAAAUGGUGCAUUCGAUCAAUAAAAAGAUUCAUGGUGGAAAUGUAGUGUUAAAACUGGAUAUGGCUAAAGCUUAUGAUCGGGUUGAUUGGGAUUUUCUUCUGGGAGUGCUUUUUGCUUUUGGAUUCUCUAAUUCUUUUUGUAGUUUGAUUAGAGAAUGUAUUUCCACGCCUUGGUAUUCCAUUCUAAUGAAUGGUACUACGAAGGGUUUUUUCAAGGGAGGUCGAGGGCUGAGACAAGGGGAUCCGUUGUCCCCUUAUUUGUUCAUUAUUUUGCAGGAAAUUCUUUCUCGGCUUAUAAAACAAAGUGUGGAAGAAAAGAGGUUUGGUCAGUUUUCUCAAGCCCGUGGUACUAGAUUGAUAUCACAUCUAAUGUAUGCAGAUGAUGUGGUUAUUUUUACUAAUGGUGGUCGUUCUUCUAUCCGAAAUAUUUUAAGAAUUCUGGACAUUUAUGAGAGUUGGACAGGUCAAUUGAUUAACAAAGAAAAAACUGCCAUGUUUUUUUCUAAUAAAAUUUCCAUAGCAAGGAAAAGGAAUCUCAAAAGAUUGACUGGUUUUUCGGAAGGAAAAUUCCCCUUUAAAUAUUUGGGGAUUCCCAUUGUCUCCGGCAAACUCAAGAUUGCGGAUUUAGAGGAACUAGUGAGAAAAGUUCAGACCAAAAUAAGUGGGUGGAAAAUGAGACUUUUAUCUGUGGGAGGAAGGUGGUUGGCACAAGAACCAUUUGCUGAAAUCCUGCCUGUGGUUGAGCAACCUCUUCUUAAAAUUAAAGAUUUAAAGCUUGAUCAUGGGUGGGAUGUGGAGUUUUUAGAGAGGGUGGUGGGCAGGGAACAUGCUGAACAUGUCAUUAAUGUGUUGGAAAGGAGUAAAGUGGGUAAAGAUAUCCUGAUAUGGACUAAAACUGAAAGUGGGAAUUUUACUACAAGGUCUGCUUGGGAAGGUAUCCGAGCGUGGAAUGGAGCUCUAGCUGUUGAUGAUAAUAUUAGGAGGAUUGGUAUUCCAUUAGCAUCGAAAUGUAAUUGUUGUAAGAAUGGGCAGUAUGAAGAUAUAAAUCAUGUGUUAUUUGAAGGGGAGGUUGCAGCUGGAAUUUGGAAGAAGUGUGGAGCUCUGUUUGGGAUUCGGGGGGCUGUUUUAUUGGCUUUUUCAAUGAAUUUGGGAUAUGGUGAUAGUACCAAAGCAGAAUUACGGGCUUUACUGGAAGGGAUAAAACGAUGUAAAGAAUUAAAUUUAGCUGCUCUGGAUAUUGAAGUGGAUUCACAGGUGGUUCUGUCAUGGCUGAAGAAAAAUAGGUGCGGAAUCUGGUAUUUGGAGGACUACUGGGAGGAGUUGCAGGAGCUGAUUAAGGAUAUGGAUUACAAAGUUUCUCAUAUAUUUAGGGAAGGGAAUGCUGUUGCUGAUUGGCUUGCUCGGUGGGGGGCAAGAGUGGGUGAUGCGGAAUGGAGGAAUAUGUCGGAUGUUCCUGCGAUGCUGCGGGGUUUAAUUAGGAUGGACAAAUGGGGCAUUGCUUCCAUUCGGUGCAAGUCGCAUGAGGUUAGGUAUUAA